UAUGGAAAUCUUUUCAUCUUCUUUAGAAGAAACACACAACUUGCAAUAUGUGUACGGGAGAGUGUUCGCUGUGGAUCGGGAGAACUUUGUAUCCAUUAGCGUUCAUCUCCAUAAUCUGUAAUUUAAUGCUGUUUUUUCCCGAUUGGGAUGUUAAAUAUGUGCUAAAUGGACAAAUUACAGCAGUGGUAAAACUCAUGGGAGGACUGGUUGGAGGAGGUGUAAUGGUUUUAAUCCCUGCAGUUCAUAUUUACAUGACUGGAGAGCGGGGCUGGUGUGCUAACCGCAUUGGGAUGUUUCUGUCCAUUAUACUUGCAGCCGUGGGUGUUGCUGGUGCCUUCUAUAGUUUCACAGUGGCAGGGUGGGGCCUAUUGUUUGGGCCCCUCUGUAAAGAUGAUCAGGGCAACUGGAAAUAUCUCAUUGAAAUACUGCAUAUACAUUACCUUGAACACCCCGAUUUAUGGGGAGCAUGCACUGAGCCAAAGAACGUGGUGGAGUUUAAUGUGGUUCUGUUCUCAAUACUGUUGGUGGUCAGCAGUCUGCAGUUUAUCCUUUGUGCUAUACAGAUGAUCAAUGGUCUUUUCGGAUGCCUUUGUGGAACCUGCAGGGAUAAAGAUAAUACAGGACACGACAAUGUGACAUUGAGCACCACUGUACAUGUUGCCUGAUUUGGGUGAAUGGGAUCGCACCCUUCAUAUCUACCAUCCUGUCGCUUUAAUCAGCUAACUUGCGUCCUCUUGUGGAAAGAUGUAUUGUAUUGUUCAUAUUCAUUGAAUAUAAUUUAGAUGUAUGUGUGAUUUAAAUGCAGAAAUGUAAUAACAUAUGUAUAACAUUUCAAUACAAAUGUAUUGGUUCUUUUUCAUUUUUAGUUUACAUACUUAUUGGCUUGGCACUGUUUGUUAUUAACACUGUUUGUAAAGUGAUUCAGAGACUGAAUGAUGAUUUAAAGGAAAUUAUCUUUAUUAUUAAAAGUAGCACU